CUGACAUCUUACAGAUGUUUGUACACAGCAGAUGCUUUCCAGAUCAGAUGUGCUAUCUGGGUGGAGUUCAUCACUUGAUGAGUUGCAUUAGUGUUUAAGUGUGUCUUCCUUCUCCUUCAGUUCACAAACCCUCGAGGGCCCUCGCCCCGCUUCUUCUUAUUUUUCGUCCCCUUAAAUCCACAAAUAUUUAUUUCCUAUACAUCAAGAGGAAAGGGGGCUCCCCUUUCGUGGAAUGCGGCAACAUGGGUGUGUUUGAGCGCGGCGUCCAGAUGCUGCUGACCACGGUGGGUGCCUUCGCCGCCUUCAGUCUGAUGACCAUCGCUGUGGGGACGGACUACUGGCUCUACUCGCGCGGGGUCUGCAAAAUAAAGACUACUAACGAGAACGAGACCAGCAAGAAGAACGAGGAGGUGAUGACCCAUUCUGGCCUGUGGAGGACCUGCUGUCUGGAAGGUCAUUUUAAAGGCAUGUGUAAACACAUCGAUCACUUUCCUGAAGAUGCCGACUAUGAAGCCGAUGCAUCAGAGUAUUUCCUGCGUGCGGUUCGUGCCUCCAGUAUUUUCCCCAUCCUCAGUGUCAUCCUGCUGUUCGUGGGUGGCCUCUGUGUCGCCGCCAGCGAGUUCGACAAGACUCGACACAACAUCAUCCUCAGCGCGGGAAUCUUCUUCGUAUCCGCAGGUCUGAGUAACAUCAUCGGGAUAAUCGUUUACAUAUCAGCCAACGCGGGCGACCCGUCCAAGAGCGACUCGAAGAAGAACAGCUACUCGUACGGCUGGAGCUUUUACUUCAGCGCGCUGUCCUUCAUCAUGGCGGAGAUGGUGGGCGUUCUGGCCGUUCACAUGUUCAUCGACCAGCACCGGGAGCUACGCAUGGCUCGCGCUCGGACCGGCGGAGGAGGAGACUAUCUGCAGGGAUCCGCCAUCAGCAGAAUCCCCAGCUACCGCUACCGUUACCGGCGCAGCUCGCGCUCCUCCAGCCGCUCCACCGAGCCCUCGCACUCGCGCGACGCUUCACCCGUGGGACUCAAGGCGUUCGGAGCGCUGCCCUCCACCGAUAUCUCCAUGUACGCGCUGAAGACUCCACACGGCACGCCACCGAUGUACAACUCCGAGAGAGAGCCGGACUUCCUACAGGUGCACAACUGCAUCCAGAAAGACUCCAAAGACGCCAAUCGUCGCACCACACCUGUAUGAGACACAGCGCCCCCUGCAGGUGAUGAUGAUCUGAUGAUGACGACGAGUUUACAUGUUCCAAGUCUCAAAAAAGAAACGUGAAAUGCAUGAUUUUCUUAUCUUCCGUAAACUAACACGUUUUCAACCGCGUGAGGAAUCGGAGCGACAGCGUUUGGACUGAAAGCUCUUUUCUUCAUGUUUGUUUCAUUUUGUUGCGCAUAAAUACUGUGAAUCUUCGUGGCCGCUGUGAACCCAGGGAAUAGAACACGAUCCCACUAACUGGCCGCGAUUUAUAUGUCAUUAUAAACAUAUUAAUGAUACAUGACUAUAUAAAUAUAUAUGAAAAGAUACAUACAUGAAUAUAUGAACAUUGUUAAUAAACCACACAUAGACUUCUUGAUUCAAGAAGACGCAAAAAACAAAAGAGCA